AUGUCACGAUCGCGCGUUUCAAUGCGGGUUGGGUCUGCUCGCGGGUUUGGGUUGCACUUCGUUGGCGUGCAGGCGCUUGAUCUUGCCACUCAACAACAACAACACCACCACCACCACCUGCCGUCGCCCACCACCGUCCACCACCCGUUACAACCAACCUUUACGAGUGCCUUGCUCCUCCUCGCACCACUUUUCCCGCCUUCUUCCUUCGCCUUCCCCAAGCAGUCAAUCAACCAAGCGCCAACCAAGGAGAAGAUCACCAAGCAAGCUCUCCUCCCAUCACUAGACCAACACAGCAGCGACGUUGCCACGCGAGAGUGCGCGCCAAAAAGCACCAAGAGCACCAAGAGCACCAAGAGCACCAAGAGCACCACUGCCGAUAGCUGA